AUGAGCGAAGAAAGGGCAGAUUUGGAUAAGAUAAUAGAAAAACUUCUUGCUGUGCGCAACAGCAAGUUAGGAAGGCUUGUGCAUCUGUCUGAGGCAGAAAUAAAGUAUCUAUGCGAGCGAUCGAUUGGAGUGUUUAAGCAGCAGCCAACACUGGUUGAAGUGAAAGCACCGGUCAAAAUUUGCGGAGAUGUGCACGGGCAGUACUAUGAUCUAUUGAAGCUGUUUGAACACGGAGGAUAUCCACCCGAGAGCAGCUACUUGUUUCUUGGAGACUAUGUUGACCGUGGAAAGCAAUCUUUAGAAACAAUCUGCCUCCUGCUCGCAUACAAGAUAAAGUAUCCACACAACUUUUUCCUACUGCGUGGAAAUCAUGAAUGUGCCAGCAUCAACAGAAUAUAUGGAUUUUAUGAUGAAUGCAAGCGACGGUACGACACGACAAUAUGGAAGAUGUUUACGGAGUGUUUCAACUGGAUUCCUAUAUGUGCGCUUAUUGAUGGAAGGAUUUUGUGCAUGCAUGGAGGAAUAUCGCCUGACUUGAAGAGUAUGGACCAGAUACGUGCGAUAACGAGGCCCACUGAUAUUCCUGAUGAAGGAUUGUUGUGUGAUUUGCUGUGGAGCGAUCCCGAUGCAAGUGUAAAGGGAUGGGGAGAGAAUGAUAGAGGAGUUUCUGUGACAUUUGGACCAGAUGUUGUUGAGAAGUUUCUUGAUACACACAAUUUGGAUUUGAUAUGCAGGGCACAUCAGGUGGUAGAGGAUGGAUAUGAGUUUUUUGCAAACAGAUCGCUGGUUACGGUAUUUUCUGCACCGAACUAUUGCGGGGAGUUUGAGAAUUCUGGAGCAAUAAUGGACGUGGACAAGGACCUUGUAUGUUCGUUCCAGGUGCUCAAGCCUACAGAGAUUACUGGCGGAGAUGACAAUAGGAAGAAAAAUACAGGAGGAAAUCGCAAAAGAUAA